UCUCCGAUGACACCACACUGGGCACGGGGAAAAAGAAGGGUGGAGACAAUACGCCGCCGAUGUUGUCAAAAGGCGACCAACCGAAACGGCUGCUGAUGAACGCACUCACACUCGCUUUUGCUGGCUGGUUUCCUUGGUAUUUAAACACACUGGAACGUUGUGCUGUCUUGCUGAGUCACUUUACGCAAAUGCAUACAAGUUCCGACGCGCGAGGCUAACCUGCUCCGACUUAUUGACUCCCCGAUCAAGAACGACUGAAUACACAGAGGAAAUGCCUCAGCCCGAAUGUCCUACAUGCAGUUCGCUGCGUAUCUGCACGGCAAUCCGGAGGGGAAGGGGGAGCAGCGGGUGUAACGUUGUCACCAGACAGCCGCCCUUCACAUUGGUUUCGCUGCUACGCGUUACCCGCACAAACUGUUUAGGAUAGCGUGUCUCUCCCGCCAACGCGGGAUCGUGGAGACUGCGUAUGCUGCAGCUUAUAGAAGCGACUUUCUGGUGUCUUGUGGCUAAAUUUCGAAAGAGGAUUGUUGACGCCUCCCAAGUUGUGGCUGCGUUGAUAGGCCGCAUUCAAGUUUUCCCCGUCACCACAACCUAGCAACAGACACGUACACUUUUUCCUAGUUGAACCCUUGCGGCGACCGGUUGACCGUAUCACGAAUACGUCGGACUGGUCUAGGUGAACGUGGUGCGACGAGCUGAUCACCACCGGAGGGCGUUGGCUUUCGUCGCUGAGGAUGCUUCUCAUCUUGUUCCACCGGCUGCGACGCGGAGCAGGAACGGCCGGACCUGUACGAAACACGAGUCUCGCGCGUCUCAGCAAAUGCCCACUGGCUGACUCUUCCCCAUUAGUAGAAUAUUUGCGUCGUCGAAUGCUGACGGCAAACAAAACGAAGUGUCUACAGCGUGUUUUGCUGUGCAUUGCAGGCUGCUUUAUUUAGACAUUUUGGCCGCAAAAGAUUUGUGUUUCCGAGCAGGUGACCUGGGUCGCUUUUUUGAAACAGCAGGAAAACAGCUUCGUGGUGCCACGUAGCGUGCUUGUUGGCGACUACCUUUUUUUCUUGGGAGUGUCGGCGAAAUGGCACACGGUGGCAUCUAUCUGAGGCAGAAGCGUAACUUCUGUCCUUUAACUGUCUCCACAGUUGCUGUGGUCUUUGUAGUCUUCAUGGGUGUACUCGUCAAUUCGUUGGGUGGAGUCGCUGUCGCAGCAGACAGCGGUGGUGUUAGGCAGACCCCUUCGGAAACCGGUUCGAGCGGUGGACAGCAAGAAGCAGUGGGGACCACUGAAGACUAUGUCAACUCUUCGGCGAUGGGCGGUGGCCAAGGCGACUCGUUAGCUGAAGAUGAUACAACCUCCGAUGCGGCGGAGGGCGACGUUGACCCUUUUCCCGCGCUGGCGAAUGAGGGGAAGUCGGAGGCGCGUGGCCCGUCGCUCGAGGAAAGAAUCGAAGAACAGGGCACAAGACGACGUUACUCCUCUGUUCAAGAACCACAAGCGAAGGUGCCUAGCAAACGAACACAGAAACGCCACAGACUCAUUGGUGCUGUGGUGUUGGCAGUAUCUGUGGCAAUGCUUACCGCUUUCUUUCUUCGAAGGACUGGACGACGCUCUCCCCAAGAACCAUCUGGGGGUGGUGGUGGAAAUGAUGCAGGCAAUAAUGCUGGGAACGGUGGGAAUGAAGGCAGAGGUGAAGGAGGCGAGGAUGACAGGCGCCCGUUGCACCCGGGAAGUGUGAAUGAGUUUGAUUUUUAAAGAUGAAAACAGGGGGUCUAUGCGCCACUGGGGCACUCUGUGUCUUGUAGUCGAUGCCAUGCAACGACCGGGAGAGCGGCACUGUCCGACGUGGAGAAGAACGUAGGAAUCUGUACGAACUGCGCUCCUUACAGACUUGGGACGUGGACAGGUCGACAUGUGUGGACGGGUCGCGAUGAAUGGUUUGCGUCUUUUACACCUGAGGUAGUGUACGUCGGCGAUCGCAGGGCUGUAACGCUCAGGAGAAUCUUCCAAAGAACGGUGAAGCCGAAUCUGUCGAGUUACCAUCUGGCAGUUGUGACGUGGUACUACCGGACUGAAAUAAAAAGCAAAGUUUUCGUAAAGUCUGUGGCAGCGAUUCCAGUGAAACGUCGAAGAGAUGAAACAUAAGUAGGAAUACGAUAAUGCCUCCGACACCGCCGGCAUCACCUGCAAGCGUGACGUUUCAGUCGGGGAAGAUGCUUAAAGUGUGAAGCGAAAAGAGUCGCACACACGAGAACGAAUGAGUGUAAAACAGGGGCCGGAUCAUACACCGACCCGUCGAUGAGGCAGAGCCGCUGCGCCGAAGCUGCCGCGAUUUGUCAAAGUUUUCACGUGUUUUGUGUUUUGCGUCGUGUGUAUGCCGUGUCGCGAUUUCGUCUUUCAAAACUCCACACAAGCGCGAAAAAUUAUGGAAACGUAUCAUGCGUGGGCUGAAUACGAUGUUGAAUUGCACGUGCACAUGCCAGCGAAACUAGCAGGUUUCACGUUUUCGUGGGUUUGGGCCGGGCAAGCGAUUCAGAAGUUGUAGCGACUGGUAAUGGGUAGGCAGAACAGCGCGAGUGUACAGAGACUGCAAAACAGCGACACCUACAUGCGUUGAGCUACCAGCCCCUACAGAAGAGUGCAGACGGUGCUAUUAAUUGCAACACAAAAUAUAGUAGAGGAGUCCCAUGUCAGGAGAUCAUCUACGUUUUCCAGUGUAUGGAAAUCCCCUUCCAGAAGGCAACGUAUAAAGGACAAAGAAAUGAACCCUGGAUGUAUGGCCGAGGCCGUUCCUAUAAACACUUUGAGCAUUCGCAUCGCAUGCACGCAGAUGGUCUCUAGAAUGAACUAUCUAGCAGAGACAACAAAAGGAAAGCCACCUUCGGGAAGAGUGUACCCGUGAAAGCGUCCGUGUGGACGUUGAUACAGGUGUGUGUGAGUUACAGAGGUGUGAAGGUUAACAGCAAGAGACAACUGCUACAACUCAAUUGCUCGUAUGAUCAGUACCAUCGUAGGGCGUGUUAUUGACCUGUUGAGACCGGCGUUCUUACAAGCUUUUUCUGGGGAGUAUCGUCUACGGGUUGGACUCUUUCAACCUUGUCUGUGACUAUCGAAACUAGAGCUGUGGCCAGAGACGUCCCGCAGCCGAUGACGCAAUGGAGACCAGUAUACACUGUGAGCUCGACUGCGCGUAUAAAUUUCAGAUGUCUUCGUUUACUGUAACAAGUGUUUUUGCCUCGUGCCGUUUAGAGAACACUCCGUUGAUAGUGUCCAAAGCGGUGUUGAUGCUAACGGCCUGACGACUUCCCUCAUCCCCAACGAAAUCCCCGGUCUAGAGCGCUCCGCUCCCUUUCGAAGAACGGUGAAACGGUUUGACUAACAAGCUGGUAUCCUAGGUAUAAGGACAUUCGUAUUUACAGCUGGUACCCAGUUUAACAUGC